AUGUCUGCUUCAUACCCACUCAUCAACUCUCCCCGCUCCGCUGUUGGUCGCCAUCCCGAGAUGCCUUACAUGCCUCGUCCCAAACGCCCCGACUCUGCCCAACACGAUUUUCCAGGCGCACGCAGUCUCCUCGACCCUGCAUCCAGAUUCCAGGAUAUCAGCGAUGAGCCUACAUUCAUCCCCACCUCGCUCGGCGAACAUCUGUUGGAGCGUACCUAUCUUGAAGAUGUCGUACGUCCUCUCGUCCGUGCUCUCGUCAAGGCUCGUAUGACGCACGGCAUCAAUGGUGAAGGCGCUUCGGAAAACUCGCAGGCGUAUGUCGAUCUCGAAAAACUUCGCCGCGAACUCGAACGAUCCACUCAGCGCGCUCGUCAUGCCGAACAAGAACGUGAUGACCUCGCCCGUCGUCUCGAUCUCGCAGGUGUCCCUGAGAUUUCACGCGAACGAGCUGAGCGUCAACCCGAACAUUUUGGGCCUAGCGACCUCACCUCGAGCUCAUCCAGAAGCCAAGCCGUGGCGCUCAAACGUUCUCGUCACAGCGAUUACGAACAACGCUCCUCUGCGCCGAUCACAAACACUGUUUCGGUCAAGGUAGUGCACAGCGAUGGGCCCGCCGCCUCGAUGAAGGUUUCUUCCGAUGCUUCGCAAAACAUGCCGCUCGACAUGGUUCAGAGAAACCACCCUCUGAUGACCACCGAGCAAAUGUCUCCACCGCCUUCUCUGGCUUAUGGCCAUUCGGGCCCUCCUCGACAUCAAGCUUUUGUCGAAAUGCACCCUGAUUCGCACGAGGCCGAUCCGCGCCCACUGGCUCGUAUGCAGCAGAUUUCCGGCUCGGCACUCGAAGCCGACUAUGCGUAUCCCGACGAGCGAGCACCAGACCGUUACGGUAUGCCGCCCGCUCAGUCAGCGCACCGUCCGCCUAUCUCGCGCUUCAGUGGGAUGGGCGGUGUCAGAUCGCCUCCAAGCAGCAGCGCCUAUCUUACAUCCAGCAGUGAGCGUUCGUCGGUGCCCACUUUGACCACCUAUCCUUCCACAUCGUCCUCUGGCUCGUUUGCAGCAGCGCACUAUUCUGGCGUCCACCCGUACGACCACGAACCUGCCGACGAGAUGGAGCGUUCUCGCAAGAUGGCACGUACGCGCCCAGGAGAACCAAUGGACCACCUGGCGCCCGGACGUCCCCUUGGCGGCGGCGGUACUCCACUGUCGAACAACUACAUUGUUACACCAUCCUCCGAGUCGACGAACUAUCCCGUACGCAAACUCGCCUCGACCAAGAACCGCACCUGUUCCAACUGUGCAGCUCCUCACGAUGCCAAGUUCCGACGUGGCCCCAAUGGUCCCGGUACGCUUUGUGACCGAUGCGGAUCGCGAUGGAAAAAGUUCAAAGAGCAAGAAUCCGCGGGCAAGCGUGAGUCUCAACAGCCACACGAUCUCGGCGGUGUCUCUGCUUCUGCCGCUGCUGGUGUGGCUGCGGCAUCCGCCAAUGCUAGAUUGAGUUCAAACAGUGCCAGCUCUCAAUCGCCCAUGGAACCAGGAACAGUCCGAGCGGACGAAUCCAGCGGUGCCAAUGGAAACGGAAGGCGCAGUUCUGCGCUGGUCUCUCCAAAUCAAGAAGUUGGCAAUUCCACCGCUCCAGUAGAGACUACCAGUAACAGCCAGCUGGCAAGGGAAAGGAGUGCGAGCGUUGAUCAGCUCAUGGAUGAGUAA